AUGACAGAAUACAUGGAAAGAAUCGGUUAUCUGAAGGAUCGACUUGAAUCAUCAUACGUGGAAGAAACUUCAAAUGUUGACAACCUUUUGAGGAACUUACUCAAUGCUAAGUUAUCUUCAAAUUUGGACCGUAUUCGAGACUGUGCAGUGACGGAACAACUUCAAUCUAAAGAAAGUGCUACCGGUCCACUGAUAAAAUUUCAAGAAGAUUUCAAAGAUCUGGAGUUUAGAGCCAGGUCAGUUCAGUUUGAAACAGAGAAGGAUCUUCUUUCACAAUAUACCAGGUUAGUAGAAUCCUUAAAAACGCGGCGCUAUAGUGUUGACUUCGAUUCUGCUGCAGUGCCCGACGCUGCAGACGAGGAUCUCGACGCAGUUGAUCUUGAUCAGAAGGAUAACGAGGAAGAAACACUGGGAGAAUUAAGGCAAAGGCUGCUGGGAAAGACAAAAGAUGGCGAUUCUCUUAAUAGUGAAGUUCAUUCGUCGGUUGAGAAGCAAAUGCAGGUACAAGAUAAUUUACAAGAACAACUGGUUCAUGAUAUGUCUCAACUUGUUUCUAGUUUAAGGGAGGGUGCAGAAGCUUUCCAGAAUGCGCUGCAAGAAGAUUCCACUGUUUUGAAAGCAACCGAAAUUGGUUUGCAAGUGACAUCCAAAAGUCUAUCCAGCCUCGGUACAAAACUUAAAAAAUAUCAUAAUUCCAAAUUUGGGUUCUUCUUCUAUAUAGGUUGCACACUGGCCAUGCUGUUGGGGUUACUUAUAACAUAUUUGAUUAUCAAGAUUUUCCCCAAAAUGUGA